AUGACAGAGGAGGACCUCCUCAACACUCUGAAUGACUUAAGCGAGGAUGACUUUGAGAACUUCAAGUGGUUCCUGAAGAAAGAAAAAAUGGGUGACAUCUCGCCCAUUCAAUGGGCCCAGCUGGAGAACGCAAAGAGGCGGGACGUUGUGGAUCUGAUGGUGCAGAAAUAUGAAUUUGCUGCAGCUGUGAAGGUGAUGAAGAAUGUUUUAAAGAAGAUCAACAGGAAUGAUCUGGUGGAGGAGUUGUCAAACAUCAGCUCAGGAGCAGCAGAAGAUGGUGAUCAGCAGAAGGAUUCAGAUGAACAUAUGAUUUGUCUGGUGAUGAAAUGUCAGACUGAAGACAACGAUGAAGCAGAAAGUGAAACCCCCUUCACUGAUACCUACACUGAGGUCUACAUCACACGGGGAAGGAGUAACGAGGUUAAUACCCAACAUGAAGUGUGGCAGCUAGAGAAAGCUUCCAAGAUGGAGACCCUUCAGGACUCUCCAAUCAAGUGUCACGACAUCUUUAAACCCUUACCCAACCAAAAGAAACACAUCAGAGUUGUUCUGAUGAUCGGCGUUGCUGGUGUUGGAAAAACCUUCACAGUGAAGAAGUUCACUCUGGACUGGGCAGAGGGCUCCGAAAACCGAGAUAUUAAUCCAGUGAUUCCGUUUUCAUUCAGGGAGCUGAACUUGGUCAAAGACGAGGAGUACAGUCUGAUCACACUGAUCCAUGAAUUCUAUCCAACAUUACAGAAGCUCACAGCAGAGAAGCUCGCUGUCUGUAAAGUUCUGUUCAUCUUUGACGGCCUGGAUGAAAGCAGACUUUCACUGGAUUUCAAGAAGAGUGAGGUGGUGUCUGAUGUCACAAAGAAGUCAUCAGUCAGCGUGCUGUUGACAAGCCUCAUCAAGGGGAAGCUGCUUCCCUCGGCUCUCAUCUGGAUAACUUCCAGACCUGCAGCAGCCAAUCAGAUCCCUUUAUCAUUUGUUCACAGAGUCACAGAAGUACGAGGCUUCACUGACGCCCAGAAGGAGGAGUACUUCAGGAGGAGAUUCAGUGAUGAAGAGCAGUCCAGCAGAAUCAUCUCACACAUCAAGACAUCCAGGAGCCUCCACAUCAUGUGUCACAUCCCAGUCUUCUGCUGGAUCACUGCUGCAGUUCUGGACCAUAUGUUGACUACAGACCAGAGAGGAGAGCUGCCCAAGACCCUGACUAACAUGUACUCACACUUCCUGCUGGUUCAGACAAAGAGGAAGAAGAAC